AUGAAGGUCUUUGACGGAAGAAAGGCGUCCCAGGACUAUAUGUCAAGCCACACACUGGCGUUCUCCACACCGGAUCUGACGCUAACCCGGUUUGCGUUCUGGCUUGGGGAGAUGGUUCCGGAUCCCGCAGACAGAAAACAGACGGUUCCGCGGCUCUACACGUUCGUGGAGGAGAAGGACUUUGAGCCCGUGCAGAUAGUGGACGACGAAAGGUACGUUCCCACCGGUGCCGUCAAGUCUACCAGUAUAUACGGCACGCCGUCAGACGCGGCAACCGGAAAGUUCUGUGCCGAUUGUGGCGCCAAGAUGGCAUCCGCUGCCAAGUUCUGUCCGCAGUGCGGCACACUGUGUGACCCGGCAUAG